ACUUAUAUGAUAGUAAUUCAAAAUGGUAUAAAAAUAUAUUUUUAGUCACUCAAAUGUUAACGUGGUCUGCAUCCGGUCGCCGCUGUAAUAGCGCUGUCCCUUUUCCACUCACGCACUUAGACGGAGAGCAACUUUCCGUCGUGCUCCCUCGCGCGCAGUCAUUGGAAUAUCCGUUCAAUGGCUGGCGGACAAGAAAAAUGGUAUUUUUCAAAAGAUCAACUACAGAAUUCAGCAAGCAGAAAAUGCGGUUUAGAUGCAGAUAAGGAGCUAGCAUAUAGGCAGCAAGCCGCAAAUCUAAUCCAGGAUAUGGGCCAGAGGCUUCAAGUCUCACAACUAUGUAUCAACACGGCGAUAGUGUACAUGCACCGGUUCUACGCGUUCCACUCGUUCACGCAGUUCCACCGCAACGCCAUCGCUGCGGCCGCGCUCUUCCUCGCCGCAAAGGUGGAGGAGCAGCCUCGCAAGCUAGAGUAUGUGAUAAAAGUGGCCCAUGUGUGCGUGCACCGCGGCGAGGGGGUCAGCGCGCUCACCACCGACCAGUACCAGGAACAGGCGCAAGACCUCGUUUUCAACGAGAACGUGUUACUACAGACGCUAGGGUUCGAUGUGGCCAUCGACCACCCACACACGCACGUGGUCCGCGCGUGCCACCUCGUCAAAGCGCCCAAAGACCUCGCGCAGACAUCAUAUUUCAUGGCGUCGAACAGCCUACACCUGACGACGAUGUGCCUGCAGUACCGGCCAACCGUCGUGGCCUGCUUCUGUAUACACCUGGCCUCCAAGUGGAGCAACUGGGCGAUACCCCAAUCUAACGAGGGCCGACACUGGUUCUCGUACGUGGACCGGACGGUGACCUCGGACCUGCUCGAGCGGCUCACGGCCGAGUUCCUGCACAUCUUCGAUAAGUGCCCGUCCAGGCUCAAGCGCAAGAUGAUGGAGAGGAACAGCAACAGCGGCAGCUCGCCACACUCGAGCGCGGCCCACGGCAGCAGUUCGGCGUCGCAGCAGCGGCCGUCGCUGCCUAAUGACGACUUUGACAAGUCAUUUGACAAAGAAUACGAGCGCGAGCGGAGGCGCGCGCCCGCGACCGGCGGCUACGUGCCCGCCGCGCCCGCCGCGCCGCCGCCCAACAAGAUCGACUACAACGCCUACAGGGAGAAGAGGGAGAGGGACGAGCGCGAGCGAGCGAGACAGCAGCAACAACCCUCCGCGGCAAGGCAGCCGGGGCAGCAGCAGCCCCCGGGCCGGCCCGCGGCGCCGCACCACCGGCCGCACCACCACAAGCCGCCGCCCUGGCCGCACCACAAGCCGCCGCACAAGCCCGCGCCGCCCGCCUCCGCCUCCGCGCCUGCGCCCGCGCCGCCCCCCCCGCCCGCUCCCGCGCCGCCCGCCGCGCCGGCGCGCACGCGCCCGCCCUCGCUGUUCUCCCCCGACAACACCGCGCCCGCGCACGCCGCGCAGCGCCCCGCGCCCCCGCGCCGCCCCGCCGCCUCCCCGCGCCGCGUGCUGCGCGACAUGCAGCCGCCCGCCAUCCUCUCCCCCUUCUCCUCGCCGCCCGCCGUGUCCGUCGCGUCCGCGCCCGCGCCCGAGCCGUCCCGCCCGAGGCAGCGCGUGCACUCCAACUCGGAGCCCGAGCUCGUCCCGGUCGUCAAGAAACUCGACGAGACUCCCGGCUACGAAAACGUGAUCCGCGACUCCCAGCGCGGCACGUCCAUCCGGACGAAGCCGCAGGAGCAGCGCCGCCCCGAGCCCGCGCCGGCGCGCUCGCUGAACGGCAUCGAGACCGACCCCACCCUAGUAUCGAAUCUACUUAAGGAGAGUCUCGCUAAACCGGCGCCUAUAACGGUCGCGACCGAGCGCAAGUCGCCGGCGGUCGAGGUCAAACGGGAGCCCGUCGUAGAACCGAAGCGGGAGCCGGUCGAGCCGGUGGUGGAAGUGAAACGCGAGCCGGACCCGGCGCCGGCGGCGCCCCAGCCCGUCCAGCCGGCCGCCGAGGACGCGCCCGACCACAAACAUAAGAAAGAAAAGAAGAAGAAAGAGAAACACAAACACAAAGACCGGGACAAGUCGAAGGAGGAGAGAAAGAAACAUAAAAAGGAUAAGGAGCGGGAGAGAAAGGAGGGCAGAAAGGAGAGUCCGCCGCCGGCGCCGGCGGAGCCCGCGACGGACGGCGCGCUCAGGAUCACGAUACCUCGCGAGAAGCUGGCCAGCAGCCCCGGCUUGAAAAUCAAGAUUCCGAAGGAGCGGCUGGCGGCGCCGCCGCCGCCGCCGCAGGCCGCCGGCCUCAAGAUCAAGAUCUCGAAGGAAGUGCUGGAGACGUCCCGCAAGCGCGCCGGGGAGCCCCCGGGCGCCGCGCCGCCGCACAAGCUGGCGCGCCACAACGGAGCGCCGCACCCCAAGGUAGGCUGGCCCCUCCCUCCCCCCGCCGUCCCGCGGCUGCCCUACUACAUGGUGCGCCCGCCGCCCCCGCUCUACUACAACAUGGCCAUGAGCAUGGGCGGCAUGGUGCCCAUGGAGGGCUACUACUACGGGCCGCCGCUGGGCGUGUACGCGGGGCACCCCCCGGGGCCGCCCGCCCCCCCGGCGCCCCCGGGGCCCCCGCAGCCGCCCCUGCCCGCGAUGCCCCCGCCAGUUGUACCGCCCCCGCCACCGGAAUGAUUAAUGUCUACUAAU